UUAUAAUACGGACGGACAUUAAAGACCUCUGUGUGUCAGACCAGUCGCUAAGUGGCUAACACACUGCUCCUCUCCAGUCUCUGAUGUUUCCUGUGUUUCUGUUUAAAGGUGUGUUUACUUCAGGUCUCACCUGGAUCAGAGAUGCCGUGGAGGAGUGAAGUCAGCAGCCAUUAAACCUGAGGAUCUAACAUGGCCUCCGUGUUAGCAGUGUGUUUCCUGCUUCUUCCUGCUGCCAUCGGUCUCCAGGUCAGAGAGUGUGCCUUCACGGAGCAGCCGCAGGCGUUGGAGCCUCACAGCACGGCAGCCAAUGAGCGAGGAGAGGUGCAGGAGAACGGCACGGUGCGCUGCAUCCACGGAUCCCGCUGCUAUGGAGUGUGGCAAAAGAGACCAGAUGGGGAAAUACAUCUGGAGGGGCAAGGCUGCUGGCCUAACGCUGAGGACCAGCAGGAGUGUAAUGGCGACCGUUGCCUGGUAACAGCGACACCCUCUCACAUCCAGACUGAAAGCUACAGGUUCUGCUGCUGCAACAGAGACCUCUGCAACACAGAGUUCAGUGAAGCCCCUCCCCCUGAGCGGCCCCCCGACCAGAGGCACACAGACCAGCAGCUGCUGAGGAGGGGGGAGGCGGCGUUCAUCGCCCUGGCAACCCUCGCCAUGGCAGCCGUCGUCAUCGUGGCGUUGUUCCUUGGAUACUGCAUGAUGAAAGGGAAGCAGAAGCACAGUCUGUGGGCUGAGGAUGAGAUGGAGGCAGCAAACACUGCUGAGGACCUGCAGCUACUGGAGCUGAUUGGUCAGGGUCGUUACGGCACAGUGUUCAGAGGCUCUCUUAACGAGCGCUGCGUUGCCGUGAAACUCUUCUCUUCGGCCAAUCGGCAGAGCUUCACUAACGAGCGCUCGAUCUACGGCCUGCCGCUGCUGCAGCUGCACGACAACAUCGCCCGAUUCCUCGCCGCCGACGAGAGGACGAACGCUGAGGGACGAGCGGAGUUCCUCAUCCUGAUGGAGUACUACCCUCAUGGCUGUCUGUCCUCCUACCUGUCUCACCACACAGUGGACUGGUCUACCUGCUGCAGGAUGACUCACGGUGUGACUCGAGGUCUGGCCUUCCUUCACACUGAGCUGCACAGAGCAGGUGAGAGUAAGCCGGGCGUGGCCCACAGAGACGUGAGCAGCAGGAACGUGCUGCUCCGCUCCGAUCUGUCCUGCGUGCUCGCUGACUUCGGGCUCUCCAUGGCUCUGACGGGCAGCCGGCCCCCCCGCCCCGGGGACCCCGACACCAUGGCCAUCUCUGAGGUGGGCACGGUGCGCUACAUGGCUCCUGAGGUGCUGGGGGGGGCUCUGGAUCUGAGGGACUGUGCCUCGGCUCUGAAGCAGGUCGACGUCUACGCUCUGGGGCUGCUGUACUGGGAGAGCUUCAGACGCUGCUCCCAGCUGUUCACAGGUGAAGCAGUACCUGAGCACCAGCUGGCGUUCCAGGCGGAGCUCGGGAACCAUCCGAGCUUCCAGGAGAUGCAGAUCCUCGUCAACAGAAACAAGUUCAGACCCAGAUUCCCUGAGAGCUGGAGGAGCAGCAGCCCGGCGCUGUCCUCCCUGAUGGAGACGAUGGAGGACUGCUGGGAUCCAGACGCUGAGGCUCGACUCACUGCUCAGUGUGCAGAGGAGAGACUGUGUGACCUCACACUGCACAGCCACAGGAUUGGUCCUCCUCCCGUUGGUCCCGCCUCCUCCCAGGAUCUGGGCGUGGUUAAAAAUCUCCAUGGAGACGACUUUGCAUCAUCUGUCGUCAAAACAACCACGAGUGGAGCAGAGGCAUCCGGAAGAAACUCCAUCACACACACCGGUGGUGCUGUGCCCAGAGUCUGCCUGCAGCGCACACAAGAAGACCUGGACACCAGCAAGCUGGACCCUGAACAGGUGGAUCAGAACCUGAACCUGAGUUUUGAUGCGAGGGUGAUGGAGGACCACCAUCCUGCCGAGCUGCUGAACUAUCAAGUCCUGCAGAGUCUGGCUCUUCAGGGGGAACUGGGAGCUGCUGGAUCCUCCUCCUUGCACCCCCUCCCCAAACAGCAGAACCUGCCCCAGAGACCCACCAGCCUCCACCUGCAGAACCCAGACCCAGCGUCCUGCCGCCUGAAGCUGGGGAGGCACCGGUCCAACCUCAAACAGGUGGAGACCGGCAUCGCUAAGAUGAACACGGUAACGGUCGCCACGGCUACAGAGCCCCACCAGGUAACCACGGUGACAAAGACCAGCGUCACCCACGGUUAUAGUGCAGGGGUUCCCGUCCUGGUGGUAAACUCUCUGAUGCUGAUGGAGGACGAGGAGAACCGGACCAACCUGCUGAACCCGAGUCUUGAUGAACACGCCCCCCUGCUGAGGAGGGACCCAGACCUGCAUCAGGCCUCAGAGACCAGAUCUAACGUCAACAACAACAACAACAACAACAGGAUCCAGCCUCAGGGUCUUAGACCUGAACCCCAUCUGGAGAGUCAGUCCUCCUCUAAACCUGAACCCCAUCUGGAGAGUCAGUCCUCCUCUAAAUCUGAACCCCAUCUGGAGAGUCAGUCCUACUCUAAACCUGAACCACAUCCGGAGAGCCAGUCCUCCUCUAAACCUGAACCACAUCCGGAGAGUCAGUCCUCCUUUAAACCUCAUCUGGAGAGUCAGUCCUCCUCUAAACCUGAACCCCAUCUGGAGAGUCAGUCCUCCUCUAAACCUGAACCACAUCCGGAGAGCCAGUCCUCCUCUAAACCUGAACCACAUCCGGAGAGUCAGUCCUCCUUUAAACCUCAUCUGGAGAGUCAGUCCUCCUCUAAACCUGAACCCCAUCUGGAGAGUCAGUCCUCCUCUAAACCUGAACCACAUCCGGAGAGCCAGUCCUCCUCUAAACCUGAACCCCAUCUGGAUAGUCAGUCCUCCUCUAAACCUGAACCCCAUCUAGAGAGUCAGUCCUCCUUUAAACCUGAAUCACAUCUAGAGAGUCAGUCCUCCUCUAAACCUGAACCUCCUCUGGAGAGUCAGUCCUCCUCUAAACCUGAACCCCAUCUGGAGAGUCAGUCCUCCUCUAAACCUGAACCACAUCUAGAGAGUCAGUCCUCCUCUAAACCUGAACCACAUCUAGAGAGUCAGUCCUCCUCUAAACCUGAACCACAUCUAGAGAGUCAGUCCUCCUCUAAACCUGAACCUCCUCUGGAGAGUCAGUCCUCUAAACCUGAACCACAUCUAGAGAGUCAGUCCUCUAAACCUGAACCUCCUCUGGAGAGUCAGUCCUCUAAACCUGAACGACAUCUAGAGAGUCAGUCCUCUAAACCUGAACCCCAUCUGGAGAGUCAGUCCUCUAAGCCUGAACCCCAUCUAGAGAGUCAGUCCUCUAAAACUGAACCCCAUCUGGACUCCGAACUGGGCCCCUGUGUCAUAAGAUCCCUUUGUAUAGCACCAGUUCUUGUGCCGGUCUGCAGAGAUCCAGAUCCUGGCUCAGCAAAACCUCCAGGAGCAACCUCUUCCUCCAGAGCCGGACCCUCAGCUGCCCAGAACCUGGAUCCAGCCCCAGGAGAUCCAAAACCUGCAGCUUUCGGGUCUUUAGAGGAUCUGGAGAGCACAGAAUCUCCAGCUCUAGAACCUGCAGGUCUACGAGAGAGACCCUGGUCCCUGAACCUGUCCUCCAGCGGCCUCCUCUCAGAUAGCAGUCUGAAGAUAAAGCGCCGUGUGAAGACUCCCUACACCCUGAAGAAGUGGCGUCCGGCAUCCUGGGGCGUUCCCUCUGAAGCCACUUCCUGCCGGGAGUUCAGCCGCCAGAGAGCAGGAAGCGUCUCCAGGGUCCGUCCGUCCAGAGCCACGACCUCUGACCCCAACUCCUGCUUCUAACCAUGGACUUUUAAUAACAACUGGAUACAGCGUUGGAGGCGGGGCUCGGGUCAUUAAGCUCUGCCCCCCGAGCGCCCACUCUCGGCUCACUAGAAUGAAUGGAGAGAGAAAAUAAAUCUAGAUUGGGCUUUUAGUGCAUUUUACAACUUUAAGGACCUAAUGAUUCUAAUAAGGGCUAUAAAUAGUUCACACUGGGUAGUUUAUUUAGUUUCUUUCCCAAUGUUAAUCAAGAUAGAAAGUCUUUCUGGCCCAGUGACGUCACGCACUGAUAAAGAAAUUGUAGUGCCGCCGUUUGGCCACUAGGACUAUUUCCCUCAGAGUCCGGAGCACUUCUUGGGGGCUUGGUUCUAACGCCCAUCAGGAGCGGAUCUUUUUACUUCUCUUUUAUUGUGAAACACGAAAAUAACAGACUGAGGUGAAUUAAAUUAUAUUGGAGGACAGGAAGUGCCCCAAACCUAUUAAUUUCUUAUAGUUACUGACCACUUUUACAUACAAUAAAUACUCCAGUUUCUGGCCAAUAAAGGCAGUAUUCUUACUAAGCUGUUUUUAAAUGAAUACAUCACUAAUAUUCCUGUUUAUAUGAAGACUGCAUGGAGUGAAGCAGGGACGUGGUGUGUCUGUGUUUGUCCCUGAAGGCAGCAUCUCCCUGGACCAAUGGGAUUCCUCAUUUUGGAUUAUGUCAGAAAAUAAUCAAACAAACGUUUAUGAUACUUACACUUUUAGUUCAGCAGGAUAAUCUCCACAUAUUAACACCACUAUGAUUUCUGAAGUAAAAAGCUAAUGGUGGGCUAUAAAGGAACUACAGCACGGUCACAUGACUUCACGUCACCACCGCUAAGCUAAAGGUGGCUAAUGUUGGGCUAUAGAGGAACUACAGCACGGUCACAUGACUUCACGUCACCACCGCUAAGCUAAAGGAGGCUAA